ACAGAAAGCAGCAACAUUGAUUUCUCAAGAUGUCGCUGAUGGGAUUGGUGUUGGUGGAGAAUCUGCUGCUUGCGAUCGCUUUUCUGCGGUAGAUCUCAGCGGUGCAAAGGGACUUGCAGUAUUUGUGUCUUCCGGAGGCCGACGGUCGCUGUUGCUUUGCGGGAUUGAGAGUUUCUGAGCAGCUGUGCAAAAUAAAACAUGAACAUUUUGAAACGAAGAAAGGCUACAAAAGGCAUUGAAGAACGUCCAACACAACACGAGGAUGAUGAACUCAAAGAAAAGUCCAGAAAUGCAUGCAGCUCCAUAGGUCCAGGAGCAAUAAAGUACGCAACCUUCCUAGUUGGUGGAUUUAUGGGAAUUUUCUUAGGACUUUUCACCUCAGUUUAUGUUGCAACUUUGCACGAAAAUGAUCUGUGGUUUUCAGCUAUCCAGGAGGUUGAACAGGAAAUCUCCUUCAGGACAGAAUGUGGUCUGUACUAUUCAUAUUACAAGCAGAUGAUUCAAGCCCCAACCAUUAACCAAGGAAUUAACGAGCUCUUGUAUGACAAUAAAACUGAAUCUAGGAGGACAAUAAACCUCCUUAAGCGGAUGAACAUUUACCAGGAAGUUGUCCUAAGCAUUUUAUAUAGAAUUUUAUCUCUUCAGAAUUACUUGGCACCAGUUUUCUUCUACAUAUACACAGUAUUUGGACUUCAGGCUCUCUAUGUUAUUUCGCUGUAUGUUACCAGUUGGUUAUUAAGUGGUACCUGGAUAUCAGGGGCACUGGGAGCUAUUUGGUACAUCCUAAACAGAAUUGAUACAACAAGAGUGGAGUUCACUAUUCCUUUGAGGGAGAAUUGGUCACUUCCCUUUUUUGCACUGCAAAUAAUGGCGAUUACAUAUUACCUCAGACCACAGAUUAGACCGCUUCAGCAACGGCUGUCACUCACUUUGAUCAUGGCUUCAACAUUUCUCUUCUGCGUUACCUGGCAGUUUAACCAGUUUAUCUUAUUAAUUCAAGCUGUGGCUCUCUUUUCAUUGGAUUGCUUAGAUAUGGUGCCAACAUCUAAGGUUACAUCAUUAUACUUUGUACAUGUUGUUUCUUUGCUUUUGGUAUGGAUCCUACAAUUUAACAAUUCUAUGCUCCUGGGCUCACUGGUUCUGAGUUUCAUCCUGGCUGCUUUAGUAGUACGGUACUUUCAGAGGAAUUUAAAAUCUGGCACGUUUGCUGUAAGAGUUGUGAAACUAUUGCUACAUCUGAUUGUUAUAUUCAGCUUAACAUUCCUAACAAAUAAUAUAAUCAAGAGAAUUUUAGGACUAGAAUCUGAUGAACAUAUUUUUAAAUUCCUUAAGGCAAAGUUUGGAUUUGGGGCAACAAGGGAUUUUGAUGCUAAAUUAUACCUAUGUGAAGAAGCCUUUGGCCUCCUGCCUCAUGAUACCUUCCAAAGACUUUUGAACACAUUGAUUUUACCUUCAUAUCUUUUAGUUUUGGUUAUUACAAUGAUCAUCGCUCUAAUUGUUGCUAUUCGGAAUCUCAGAGCAGAUACCAACCUGCCUCAGCUAUCUUCUAUUAUCACCAAAUUCAACUGUUCCAAUCUAUUCCAGAGUUCAACCGUUAAAGACGAGAACAUGACACUGCUCAGACCAGACAUGGCGUACAAUCUAAUACAUAAUGUGUUAUUUGGUCUGCUGGCUUUGAGUACAAUGAGGAUGAAAUAUUUGUGGACAUCCCAUAUGUGUAUUUUUACAUCAGCAGCAAUUUGCAGCAGUCAUUUUUGGAAUCUAACUCUCAAAGCACUUCGGCUUUUUUCUCCCCUGUGGGUCCGUGUGGUGAGGUUUGCAGUUCCUAUAUCAAUUUGUAUUUAUCUUUGUUAUGAGUUCUGGCCAAAGUUAAUGGCUGAACUGUCAGAUUUAAGGGAAUUUUAUGACCCUGAUACUGUUGAAUUAAUGAACUGGAUCAAAUUAAAAACUCCUAAAGAUGCAGUAUUUGCUGGAAGUAUGCAGUUACUGGCAGGAAUCAAACUGUGUACUGGAAGAACGAUAACCAAUCACCCUCAUUAUGAAGAUAAAAAGUUAAGGGAUAGAACUAAACAGAUCUAUCAGAUUUAUUCCAAACAUUCUCCUGAAGAAGUAUACAGAAUCCUGCGAUUGUAUGGAACAAACUAUAUUGUACUUGAGGACAGUAUCUGUUAUGAAAGAAGACAUAGAAGAGGCUGUCGUUUGAGAGACUUGAUUGAUAUAGCAAAUGGUCAUGUGAUGGACGGUCCUGGAGAAAACGAUCCAGAUUUAGAGACUUCUCCUCAUCCACGCUUCUGUGAUGAAAUCAAAUCUAAUGCACCUCUGUAUUCUUCCUAUUUCACUCGUGUAUUUAAAAACAAAACUUUUCAUGUCUACAAGCUAAAGAAAAAGAAGGCCCAACCUUAGUGGAAGUAAAAUUUUGUAACUUUUCAAUAUUACAUAGCAGAUUAUAGAUACUGGUUUUGACAAAGGUAAAGCCAAGUCAAAUUUAUAUAAGAAUCUAACCUUGUAUCUAAGGUUGUAAGCUCUGUUCCUUCAGAGAAUUGCAAUUAAUGCUUAUUGCUUCUUAUUUCGGUACAAAAUGUAAUAUUCAAUAUCAGUGAAACCUUUUGCUUGAACUAGUUCUCUGUUGCAUUUAUUUAUAUUUCACUUACUAUAUUGGAGCAAGAAUUUUACUAGACACUGUUUCUCAUUUGUAUUAUAUUCCAUAAAUUGUUAUUUAUUUGCAAGGCACUAUUGCAUAAUUUCUGUUACUCAAAAGUGUUAGCAUCAUCAUCAUGCAUUUAUUUGAAUUCUUAGAUAUUCUUAACAGCAUUAAUUUUUAAUAGCUUUUCUCUACACAUUCAUGCAUGAAGGGAUCACUUAGAUUGUUACUACAUUAUUUUUUACAUUUAUUCCUGUAGAUGAAAUUGAGGAUUUAGUUACUGAUAAUGUUUAGUAGAUUAUUUAUAGUGUAAAUUAUGAAAAAUUGUACUUAAGUAGUAGCAAAUGAUUAAAUUUGUUGGUUGGUAAUGAACUGUAAGAAGUUUUAUUAUACUGUUGCUCCUCAGUUAUAUUUUGAAUAUUUUAAAGUUAUUAAACAUUCUCACUGAUAACUAGCAAAAUCAAGCUCAAGACCUUUGAUUCAUACUAGUUCACAGCAAGGAUCUUAUGCAUUACUUACAUUCCGAAUUGAUAUUGGUCAAAAAGUGAUAAUAAUAAGCACUGUGUUUUUAAUUAGGAUGAAUGUAAAAUCGUACAGAAUUUUCUGCAAUAGAAUUUUGUAAUACAGUAAUUGUAAUCUUUGACAAAGGUUAUUGCAUGUAUGAAAAACUGAUUAGUCACAUGUUUGAUGUUCUAGAUACUAGGUAAUUUUCUCCUUUCUUUGACAGUAACCUUCAGUCAUCUCUUCUAACUAAUCGUUUAACCUCUGGUCCAUUGUUUCAGCAGAGUAGUCUGCAGUUUUAAACUGUUGGUAUUGUAUCUGUUUUCACGCCAGAUCAGAGCCAUACUGAAGGAUAAGAGCAAUUUUGUUUAUAUUGUUCUACACUAAUUUUUCUAAAGUUACACAUAUGCCACACAAUUACUUAGGUUAUUCUAUCAGUUUAGCUCUUUGUAUGAAAAAUGCUAACAAUUUAACUUUUUAUUAAAUGACAAUUAUUAAGAGAACUAAUUGAGUUUCAGCACUGAUACUUGAAUUUAACAAUGCCAUUAUGAUCAACUACAGAAUACUGUACUCUAUAAAUGUUGCUUGCUUUAAUCACAUUGUAUAUCAAAUAUGAAUUUUGAAAUAGAAACUGACUUUAGUAAAUUCAAACCACAGCAUUGUUUCAUGCAAACUUUUAGGAAAUUAUAGAUACAUUCUAAUAGAUGUUCUUUGUCACAAGAUGUAUAUCUUUGGUUAUAAAUGCCUUGGACAAUUAUCUAAAAAGGGAAGUGUAAAGAUGAGUCAAUGUUUAAACUUAUAAAUUCUGUGAUCUCUUUAAAACAAAUGUUUGUGAAUCUUUCAUAUUGUGUUCACAGUGUUUAAUAGCUGCAAAAUAUAAAUGGACUGAGAAAUUAGUUU